GAAUUUUGGAAUAUAAUCGAUCCAUGACUACCAUGAGAAUCUGAAGAAAGUAAUGGUGUACUUUCUGAUCCACUAUCAUGUCGGGUUUAAAUAUAUUAGAAAAAAGGAAAUAUGUCAAGUGCAGUGAGCAGUUUAUCGGUGGAGACGAAAGUGUAUGAAGGCCAAAAGCCGGGUACAUCUGGACUUCGAAAGGCUGUUAAAGUUUUUCAACAAGAACAUUAUACUGAAAAUUUUGUCCAAGCUAUAUUAGAUGCUUUGGGUAAUCAAUGUGUCGGAUCUACUCUCGUUGUUGGUGGUGAUGGACGUUAUUAUGGAAAAGAUGCUGUUAAAAAGAUCAUUAGAAUUGCUGCUGCCAAUGGGGUAAGGAGGUUGAUUGUUGGGCAAAAUGGAAUCCUUUCGACACCAGCUGUAUCCGCAAUAAUUCGUAAAUACAAAACACAAGGAGGAAUAGUAUUAACUGCGUCGCACAAUCCUGGUGGUCCUAAUGCUGAUUUUGGAAUCAAAUUUAACUGUGAAAAUGGAGGACCUGCUCCUGAUGGAGUUACUAAUAAAAUAUAUGAAAUUACUAAAACUUUAACAAGUUAUAAAAUAAUACCAGAGAUAAACGUAGAUAUUGAUCAAAUUCAAAAUGUUUCUAUUCAAGUCGAUGGGAAACCAUUUGAUGUUGAUAUAGUAGAUUCCGUAAAUGAUUAUUUAGAACUUAUGAAAGAAAUUUUUGAUUUUACUAGUAUUCGAAGUUUAUUGCAAGGAAGUGAACAAAGACCAGCUUUCAAGGUUCUCAUUAAUGGAAUGAAUGGAGUUACGGGACCUUAUAUUAAACGUAUAUUUAGUGAUGAAUUAGGUGUGGAUAAUUCAAGUCUCGUUAAUAUCAUUCCGUUAGAAGAUUUUGGAGGACUUCAUCCUGAUCCAAAUUUAACUUACGCCAUAGAUUUGGUAAACGCCAUGAAAAAUAAUCCUAAUAAUGAUUUUGGAGCUGCUUUUGAUGGGGAUGGAGAUAGAAAUAUGAUACUAGGAAAAAAUGCUUUCUUUGUAACACCUUCUGAUUCAUUAGCAGUAUUGGCUGCUAAUUUAACAUUAAUACCUUAUUUUCAAAAGACCGGUGUUAAAGGAUAUGCAAGAUCUAUGCCGACAGGUGCAGCUGUAGAUAGAGUGGCUCUUAAAGCUGCAGUUACAUGUUUUGAAGUACCUACUGGUUGGAAGUAUUUUGGAAAUUUGAUGGAUGCUGGUCGUCUAUCACUUUGCGGAGAAGAAAGCUUUGGUACAGGUUCUGAUCAUAUACGUGAAAAAGAUGGCAUAUGGGCUUGUCUUGCAUGGCUCAAUGUUAUCGCUAAACUUGGAAAAUCUGUUCAAGACAUAUUAUUAGAUCAUUGGAAAGUUUAUGGACGGAAUUUCUUUACGAGAUAUGACUACGAGAAUUGCGAAGUAGAAAGUGCAAAUAAAGUGAUGCAGGAGGUUGAAACAGUCAUUCAAACAGCAGGAUUUAUUGGUAAAACCUUAUCUUCGGAAAAUAAAACUUAUACCGUUAAACUUGCAGACAAUUACUCGUACACUGAUCCCGUUGAUGGAAGUCAAGCCAAUAAACAAGGCUUACGGAUAUUAUUUGAAGAUGGUUCUCGUAUAAUAUAUCGUUUAUCCGGAACUGGAAGUUCAGGAGCAACCAUUCGUUUAUAUAUUGAUAGCUAUGAAAAUGAUCAAUCUGUUUACGAAAAGGAUGCUCAACUAAUUUUAAAACCAUUAGUCAACAUUGCAUUAGAUUUAAGUAAAUUAUCUCAGCAUACAGGACGCGAUGCACCAACUGUCAUCACAUAAAGAGGUAAUGUGUAUUGUUCUCCCAAGUAUUUCUUACGGUUUCAGUUUCACAUUUCAUAAUAAUAAUAAAAAAAAAAAAAAAAGUAAAACUAUUUGUGAAUAAAUAAAAAAGAAACAUGUGCCAUUCUAUUGUUAUAAUUAGGACAGAUUAACAUUUUGGAAAAUUUCAUUGUUCAUUAUUCAGUAAAUCUUUCCAUUUUUAUACAGAUUUUUACUUACAUUAAUAUGUGAAAGCAAUAUAUUAAUGUCUUGUUAGAAAAUAGUACACUAUUCAUAUAGUGUCAUAAUCAUUACGUUAACGUAUCAUUAAACUUGAAAAUUAAUGAGUGAUUUAGAUGCACAUUUUUUUAAUACACAAAUUUCUUGUGCAAAGCCAUAAAGUAUAAACUAUAUAUAUAUAUAUACUAUAUAUAUAGAUAGAUGAAAGAAAAAAGACAAUAUAAAUGUUUUGCUUUGAUAUAAAAAUAAUCUUCUUAAUCUCAUAAAAUUGUACUACUGCAAACAAAUUAUGCUAUUCUUUCAUUUAACUUUUAUUAUAUUAAUAUUAUUAUAUAGAUUUGAAAAUGUUCAUUUUCUAAAACAAGAAAUGAGUUUUACAUUAAUAUAGAAAAAGUCGGCACUAAAAAUCACAUUUUAAUGCAAGUUUUUUGCAACAUUUACACUUAAAUUGUUGUUUUUUUUUUUUUUAAUUUUUUUUUUUUAUAAAAAUAUCAAUUAAUUUUACCGUUGUACUAAAAUAAUCUAAUGUAAAUUUUUGUUUGGUAAUGAGCUUAUGUUUGUAAUGAUCACUAUUAGUUAUAUAUGAUUAGAAAAUGUGGUUCAAAUGGCAUCUGACACGGCUCAAUUAAAUCCUAUUUAAGAAUAACUAUUUACUGCGAUUAAAUGAACACGCAGUUAUUAGAAAAAAAGAAUUAUUUAUAAAAGUUUAAAAUGAUGUAUGUAAAAAUGAUUCGAUAUGGAACAAAAUAUAGUAA